CUCUCAACCAAUGUCAUUGGACACAAUCUGCCCACAUCAGCUUAGAUAUGGCCUUACUUAUAUUUCCCCAAUCUCUCUGACCAACUUUCUACUUUCCCCUCCAUCGCAUACACACCCUUUUCACUAUAAAAACCAUCCCCACCAUUACUGCCACCAUCAUGGCUGCCACCGCUGCCGCGGCCAUAAGCUCAUCUUUUUCCCCAUCAAUUCACACCCUCAAAUGCACCAAUUCUAAACACUUGCCAUCAGAUUCUCUACUCAGACUUCCUUCAGCUCAUCGUGUUGCUCUAGCUUCCAUAUAUCAUCGCUCUUAUGCUAUAGAACCUCUUUCACAAGUUGCAGUGUCUUGGCGUAGCGUGGCAAGAUUAGUAUCUGCAGCUGUUGCUCAAGAGGAAGCAGCAGUAACUGCUCCUGUUGAAGAGGAUGAACAGCAGCAAGUAGCUGAAGAAGGUGAGGCAGAACCUGAGGCAGAACCUGAGGCAGCGCCUAUAAACACUAAGCUUUACUUUGGGAAUUUGCCUUACAAUGUUGAUAGUGCACAGCUUGCUGGUAUCAUUCAAGAUUAUGGUACUCCUGAGCUUGUUGAGGUUCUUUACGACAGAGAUACAGGAAGAAGCAGAGGUUUUGCAUUUGUGACAAUGAGCACUGUCGAAGAUUGUAAUGCAGUCAUUGAAAAUCUCGAUGGCAGUCAAUUCAUGGGUAGGAUCUUGCGGGUGAACUUCUCUGACAAACCUAAACCAAAAGAACCUUUAUAUCCAGAAACAGAACACAAGCUUUUUGUUGGGAACUUGUCGUGGUCUGUGACAUCUGAAAGCUUGGUAGAAGCUUUCCAGGAAUAUGGAAAUAUUGUUGGAGCAAGAGUUUUAUAUGAUGGAGAGACAGGAAGGUCGCGAGGUUAUGGUUUUGUAUGCUAUGCAACGAGAUCAGAGAUGGAAAAUGCCCUUGUAUCUCUUAAUGGGGUGGAACUAGAGGGAAGAGCAAUGCGUGUAAGCUUGGCUCAAGGAAAGAAAUCAUAACCUUGCUGAGGGUGAACAUGAUGAUAUUUUCUGAAGGGAUGAAGAUCAUCAUUGAAACCAAUUCCUGAAGAAAUGGAAGGGAACAGUAAUACCAACAAAUGCAGUCACUUGGGAUCCUGCAAUUCCUUUUCAUUUCUGACUUUGUAUAGCUGAUUUCCCCUUUUUCUCUACCUUCUUAGUGCAACUUAUCGUAAAUUCCAUGGUUAUUUCCCUCAA